GUAAAUUUACUUCUACAUAUACGCUCUCGGUUAAUAAUUCUCAAUAGUCAAUUCGACACAAUGACUUCGAAAACGCGAAUUCUGUUACUGAUUCCCUUCAUAUUUGGAGUAUUACCAGUCAGAGUAACUGCUGAGGGUGUUCUCAUAACAACCGAAAAUAUAACAGCCUAUUUGUACACUCGUGCUAAUCCCGAUACACCUGACUUCUUACACACCAACGAUCUUUCCGACUUACGUCAGUCUCAUUUCAAUAGCUCGUUACCGAAUUACAUUGUAUUUCAUGGAUCAGUUGAUAAUUACUUAUCUAGCAUGUACAUUAAAGAACCACUGUUGGACGUUGCCGAUGUAAACUUAUUUUUGGUGGACUAUAGUGGACCGGCGAGUAACCUAACCUGGAGAACACAAGCAAUUGAAGAUACCGGGCGAAUCGUUACAGACUACAUACAAUUAAUAUUGACCGAGUACUCAAUUGAUUUACACAGCAUUACUUUAGUAGGAUUUAGUAUGGGGACGCAUAUUUGUGGACAAAUCGGAAAACUAUUUAAUGGAAACCUGGACACUAUUGUAGCCCUUGAUCCAGGAGACAGACCUCCAAUAGUUAUCGGUUCCAGCAGGGCUCGCUAUGUUCAUGUAAUACAUACCAGUAUUACAGGAAUACAAACUCCAGUCGGGCAUGCCGACUAUUACGCUAAUACAAACGACCAACCUGGCUGCAACGGAAACGAAACCUGCAAUCAUUUUCGGUCAACGAGAUUUUAUGCAGAGUCAUUGUCAACGGGGGGAUUUACCGCAGUAAAAUGUGACAGUCGCGAAUCGUUUGUGGCAGGUCUUUGUAAUGGUAAUGAGAAAUCCCAUCUUGGGGGCAUUAUUUUAGAUAGAAGGUAUGUACGCUACUGUUUCAUUUUUAUUUGUACAGUAUAUAAUACAAGAAGAAGUAACUUUUAUGCUCGCGAACGGUUAAUUUAGAAAUUCGAAAAAGAAUAUUAAAGAUGUAUGUUUGA